AGAAACUUUGAACAUUUUUAGGGAAAAUGCACCGUAGAGUUAUUGCGCAUCGUUUAAAUGCAAAACGUCGUACAGCAGAUGUCUUAAUCAAUGACAAAGUCGAUUUCUCAGGGUUAAUUUUAUCCAAAGAUGAAAUCAAAGGGUUGAAAAGUGCUGGAUUUGAAAGACCAUCACCAAUUCAACUGAAAGCUAUUCCUAUUGGUCGUUGUGGUGUGGAUUUGAUUGCACAAGCAAAAUCUGGCACAGGGAAAACAUGUGUCUUUAGUGUGAUUGCUUUGGAAAGCAUCAUUCUUACAAUGAUGUCAAUACAAGUGUUGGUUCUUGUGCCGACUCGAGAGAUAGCUGUUCAAAUCAAGGAUGUAAUGAACUCUAUUGGUCAACAUAUGCAAGGACUUCAUGUAAAUGUUUUUAUUGGUGGUUUGUCUAUUGAAGAUGACAAGAACAAGUUGAAACUUUGUCAAAUUGCUAUUGGUACACCAGGACGGGUGAAACAUCUAAUUGACAGCAAACUUUUGUCUACUUCUUCCAUUCGAUUGCUUAUUCUUGAUGAGGCUGAUAAACUUUUGGAGGAAAACUUUCAAGAUCAGAUCAAUUGGAUAUUUUCAACACUUCCUGAAAGCAAGCAAGUGUUGGCUUUGUCUGCAACCUAUCCAAACUAUCUCAGCGAGCAUUUACAGAAAUAUAUGAGAAAUCCAACUUUUGUUUGUUUAAAUGCCAUGGACCCUACACUAGAAGGGAUUCAUCAUUAUUUUUGCACAAUACCAAGUCAUUCUCUCCCACAUAAAACAUUUGAUGAAAAGGUUAAUCAUUUACUGGUUAUGUUGUCACAGAUAUCUUUCCAUCAAUGCCUUAUCUUUUCUAACUAUCAAAUAAGGUGGUCAAGGCCAAAAUGAACGUCUUGAUGCAAUGAGGAAGUUGAAGGAGUUCAAAUGUCGUAUUUUGAUAUCAACAGAUCUUGUAAGUGACGUUAACUGAUUUCUAUAUUUUCUUGUUUGGAUACUUGGACAUCAGUUAAAGUAGAAAUAUUCUUAAUUUAAAGAAAUCAUCUGUAUUCCAUUUAGGGUAACUUGUCGAUGUUAUGAUUACAGUAGUAUUAGAGCUAGCAUCUUGUAUUACUAACAAGCGCAACUUGUCAAUAUUGUGAUACGGUAGCAUUACGUAUAACAACCAAGGGAUAACUCGUUAAUAUUUUGAUUUAUAUUAAAGAUAGCAUCUUGUAUUAUUUCCAAGGGUAACUUGUCAAUGUUAUGAUAAAUAUUAUUAAUGAUAGCAUCCAGUA